AUGAGAUCGGUGUUCGGUGUGCGAUCGCGGAGUUUGGAGUUGGCGGAACGGCUGGCCUACGUGGUGAACCCGGAUGGAAUCGAGCCGGCGAUAACUGAAGAUAUGGACAUGCGAUUGAUGACAGUGGGGGUGCGACGGAAAGGCGUAUUGGUGGAUGGUAUGACCCUGCUGGCAGUGGCGCCGAAGGCCCGGAUGCGAGUGCUUGACAGCUUGGCAUCGGGUUCGAAGUUCUGGAGAAUCGGGGUGCCGCAGUCGCCCUUGGCAGCAGGGACUGUGCCAGCAGGGACUGUGCCGGCAGGGACCGUGUUCCGGAUCGAGAAUGAACGUUCCAAGCCGGUGGACGAGGAGAAAGCGCAGUUGAUGGCGAAUGAAGACAAGGCGAAUGAAGACAAGGCGAAGGAAGAUGUGGCGAAGGAAGAUGUGGCGAAGGAAGAUGUGGCGAGUGAAGAUGUGGCGACUGGUGUCGCAAGGGUUUGUGUGGGUACCAGUGCAGAGCCUCAUGCGGGCGACGAAGGGGGCGGCGUGGGUACCAGUGCGGAGGCUGGUGCUGGCGACGAGGGGGGCGGCGUGGGUACCAGUGCGGAGGCUGGUGCUGGCGACGAAGAAGGUGACGAAGCGGGGUUUGAUUUGUUCCGAGACUGCGUGAAACUGCGAGCGUUGUUGCACGGAGGCAAGCCUGCGCCGCACACGGAGGCGUUCCUGGGGGACGGGUUGUGGCGGACGUUUCAAGCGGUUAAGGCCAGAUGCUGGAAGAGUUCGCGUGCGCCACAGCGUAUUUGGCGGGACACAUUUGGGCACUGCGGUCCGGCGGAUUGGGAGCAGGCGUUGGCGCGCGUGCGGGCUCGAUCGUUGGGCGGGAUGGCGUUGGAAGUGUGUUCUUCGCAACCGGUGACACGGAGUGUAUGGUUCGAGCUGGAGCCGCACGUGCCCGAAUACUGGCGCAAGUCAGUGGCUAUCUUGGUGUCGGAUGACCCGGAGCCAGAAAGGGGUUGUGAGCCACCGGAGACGGAGACCUCUUCUCAACUUAGCGACACUGGCUGGCUCCCUCCGCCGCCGCCACCACCUGUGCGCCCAAAGAAGGGUUAUCUAAACGUCUGUAUGAAAUUGUCCUAUUUGUCGUUCGUGUGCUGCAGUGCAUUUGUGAGCUCUGCAAUAGUGUUGCAGAAGUUCAGCAAGUCGCCACCGGCAUUGUUGGAAUGUCUGUGGAUGUCUCGGCUUCCUUUCCCGUCGUUGCUGCCGGUGCAGUUGGAGCAGUUGGAAGAAAAGUGUGAACCUGACCGAGUGGGGUUCGAGCCGCAGUUGAACGAGACUUGUUUCGGUGGUCGUGGCGGGUUGGUGUGUCGCGUGGUAGGCGACGGUCAAUUGCGCGAUGUAUGCUACGGCUUUGCUGGCUAUGAGGGACGAGACUCAAAGAGUCUUUGGGAUGCCUUCCUGCUUCGACCAGGAAAAAGGGUCUGCCGAAUAUUUUGCGAUACACCCGGAGCAAACCUCGAGCGUCUGGGUGAACAUGUUGCCCGGGCACUCGCCACCAACGCGACUCUGACACCUGGCUGGAAUAUGACCAGCGAUGCCGGGCCGUCUUGGAAGGAACUCGGGCGGCAAUCCGUCAGACGCAAUUUCAAGGUCGCCGCUGCUGCAGCCCCCCACUUCGCUCUACUCCCCAUCGUACACGGCUGCUCCGGCUACUGCUCCAACUGCACGCGCAACACCUUUACCAAAUUAGAGAAAUGCCCCUGCGGCUUCGCCUAUGCUGUGUGCCAAAGCGCAGCAAGGGACGCAAAACCCGACGUCCCGCGCAACAUCUCAACCAUUGCAGGCAUUCAAACCACUCUCAAAACCGUCCUUCACCUAAUGCACGAACUAGACCACCCCAAGCUACAUGUAGACAACUGCUGGUACGGCUGCCACAAUAAGCCCUUGCUGAAACACCCUUAG